AUGAAUAUCUAUUUAGUGUUUCUUUGCGUGGUGGUUUGUCGGUUAGCUGACGGCGGUCGAGCGCCUUUCAUCACGCCUUGUCAGGAAAGCGACUUGGAGUGUCUUAAAAACUCAGCACAGAACGCAAUCCCGAUUCUAGCUGCCGGCAUACCUGAUUUCAAAAUAGCAAGUAUGGACCCCAUGCACAUGGAACAGGUGAAGACCAGCCAGGCUGGCCUCGAAAUGGACUUUAGGAAUACGUCGGUCACUGGAUUGAAGAACUGCAAAGUUUUGAAUUUAAAGCGUGCAAGUUCGCGUACAUAUUUGGACUUAAAGUGUUCCGUGAACAUGGUCGGCGACUAUACCCUUGGAGGGAAGCUGCUUAUAAUGCCAAUUGAAGGAAAUGGCAAAUACACUAUAAAGAUUCGUGAUAUAAUAGUCAAGAUCAUGUUCCAAGUUGGUGAAAAGACGGAGAAGGACCAACAAUACUGGAUUGUAAAAAAUUGGAAACACUCGUCGGAGGUGCUGAAAGGCGUACAUUUCCAGUUUAAUAAUCUGUUUAGCGGGAAUAGACAACUUUCCGAUGCAGUCCAUCAGUUUGCAAAUGAGAAUUGGCGCGACAUCUUCCAGGAGGUGGCACCGCCGAUAGUGAAGGCUAUUGUCGCUCAGAUCCUGGAGGAGACCAUCAAACUGUUUGACAGCGUCCCUAUUAGUGAACUUGUUGUAGAAUAG